AAUAAAAAAAAGACAGAGUGAGACAGAGCCACACGUGCGUUUACAAAUAGUUAUUGUGUUUAUCAUUAAAUUGUUUAUAUAUUUUCAUUAAAAUAAUAUAAUAUAAUUAGUCUAGUAAUAUAACAAAAUAAUAAUUAAUAAUGGAAAUAAUAAUUGGUACAUAUGAGCAAUUUUUGCUUGGAUUUAAAGUACAAAAAAAUGAAAAGAAAUAUAAUUUAGAACGUAGUUUUGCAACUCACAGUCAUAUUUCAAGUAUAAGAAGUGUUGCUUCAAAAAAACAUUAUCUUGCAUCUGGUGGUGCUGAUGAUACAAUUGCCCUGUAUGACAUGAGAUCAAGAACAGAAUCUGGAAAAUUAAUGCAUCAUGAUGGAACAGUAACAUUUUUAGAAUUUACACCUGAUGGUAGUCACUUGAUAAGUUGCAGUGGUGAUGCAAGUAUUGCCAUUGUACGUUGUGGUAAUUGGCAAUUGGAAAAAUUAUGGAAAGAUGCACAUAAAGGUUCACCAAUAAAUGCACUUGCUGUACAUCCAACUGGUAAGUUAGCAAUGUCAGUUGGUGGUGAUGGUGUAUUAAGAACAUGGAAUUUAAUUAAAGGCAGACAAGCAUAUGCAACUAAUUUAGUAACACGUUUAAAAUAUGAUGCUAAAACAAUUAAUGUCAUAAGAUGGUCACCAUCUGGUGAUAAAUAUUUUGUUGUUUGUAACAAUAGACUUGAUGUUUAUUCAGUUGAAACAGCUGGUUUGAUUUUUGAGGGUAUAUUUGAUAAUAAAAUUGUAUCAGCACAAUUUUUAAAUGACAGUGAUGAUAUUGUUGUUAUUGGUCAUGAGGAUGGUCAUGUUAGACUUUAUAAUAUUAAUGAUAAAAAUGAAUUAUUCGUUAUCAAAGGACACGAGGCACGUGUUAAAUGUGUCGAGUGUAAAAAUGAUCAAAUUGUAACAGUAUCAAGUACUGGAGAAAUUAAAUUGUGGAAAUUCAUUAAUGGUAGAUUAAAACAACUGGCUAAUGCAAAUGCAGAUUCAAGAAUUACAUGUAUGACUUUGAUAUAAUAAUAAUA